AUGUCCGAGGUCGAAUCAACGAAGUCGAAGCAAAAACCACGAUACCGUAAGAAGCCAUCAGGCGGCGGGGAUGCCGCUGCUCUACGGGCCUUGCAAUCUGACGAGGCGCAAGCAAGCUUGGCCCCGCCACCACCACCUCAAGCUGCACGCACUCCACGCAAGUCGAAGCCCCGACCCAAAGCCAAGGCAACGGCCGACGACAACGUCGACUUGAAUACCCUUGGACCCAUCCUCCUUUCUGCCGACGACAUCACACUCAUUCGCCGCGAUCGAGAACAACAACUCAACAAACAACGGGAAUACCAGCGCAAACACAAGGAAGAAGAGAAGCGGAAGCGAGACGCCAUGGCCAAGCGCGUCCAGGAUGAGGUCGUCAACAAACUCGUGCGGUCCGAAGUCAUGUUCACGUUGCUCCAAGAACACAAGGAGAACAACAAGUUGGGGUUGUCGUCGUCGUCGAGCCAACGCCCGCAGCCCCCUCCGUUCCGCCACGACCACGACGAGUCGUAUCCGUUUGGGUUCAAUCCGUCGGGCGUCGCGUCGGAAGUUCUCUUUGCGUCCAUCAAGAAAUGGGAGGAGCACCUCAAGCGCCUUCUCGGCGGCACGCGCGUGGCAGAACACGAUCGAGGCAUUGCGUGUCUUCGCCUUGCUUGUCGCGAAUCGUACUGUGAGCUCCUCUUGGCGCACCUAGAGUCGGUCCCUGCCGUCAAAAUGGAGCUCAACGAACGAUUAUGGAUGAACUGGUACAAAGAGAUUGAUCCGCUCCAAGCCAAGCUCCGAGGAAGUCUGUCGCCAACCUCGUCACAUGCAGGAGAAUCGGCGUCGCAUGUGCGGGAUGCCAUGGCCGCCGUCUUGGCCACAUGUACCGCCUUCUACAACACGCUUCUGCUUCGUUUGACAGGUGCAAUGUCCACCCAGCGGGAACGAGGGGGUGUUACGACACUUAGGCAUUCCAUCCACAUGACGUUCGUGGCCCUUGGGGACGUGGCCAGAUAUAGCCAAAACAUGCAGCCCAAAGCGACUCGGUCGUGGCGCGUCGCAGAAAACUACUACCACCAAGCCCAGCGCCACAACCCGUCCAACGGCAAAGUGUACAACCAGCUGGCCCUACUCGCCCUCCACCAGAACCAAACGCUGGAGGCGGCCUACUAUUACAGCCGCAGUUUGGCCUGUGCGACACCGUUCAGCUCCCGCACCAACCUCCAGGCGACCCUCACGGGUGUGAAGCCCCCGUCUCCUGCGCCUUAUACCGAGAUCAAGGCACAUUGCAGUGCCCACUUGCUGCACUGCAUUGCGCGCCUCUUUACGAAUAUUGACCUGGCGAAACUGCAAUUUGAAGUGCCCGCGGCCAUCGACGUGUGGCGGCGAUCGCUGGCGCAGUCCGGCCAUCGGUCGUUUUACUUGCAAACGAUGUCCCUGGCGCUGUUCUCCGUGCACAAUUGCCAACUCCCGCUGGGGUCGAUGACGUCGUCGCUGCUAACAAAGUCCGACGACAACCGCGAUGUGCUACACUUUUACUCAGAGUGGCCUCGGUGGCAAGACCAUGACAACAUCAACUUUGCCCUGCAGCUCGUGUUUCAGCUGACUGCGGCACUGGCGGACGCUGUGACGUUAUCACCAGACCAGCAGCGCAGCUACGCCCUCCUGCCUGCCCUGACGCUAAGUCUGGACUGGCUGCGGACGCACCCGUGGUUCCUUGUCCACGCCUGUGCCGCCGAGUUACGCGCGUCCAUGGCUAAGCUAUUGCCACAUCUACAAGUGGAAGGUCUCUCGAGCGACACCACGCCGCCGGACGAAUGGCUCGGCACGGCGCCUUUGUUAUGGGACGAUGUGGAAAUGCGGGGGUUCUUGCCACUGGCCAACGUGCGUCGGUGUGUCCAAGAUGCAAGUUCAGCGAACGAUGACGACGAGCCGACGAUGCGGCGGGUGCGAGUGCUCGGCUUCGUCUCGAGUGUGGCUGCUGGCUUGGGCUGGAACCUACAGCCCACGGCACCGCCGCAACCCCCUUCUUUCUUCGACGGUGACACUCUGGGCAACUUGACGCUGUCGGCCACAAGCACCGAUUGCCCCCAGUGUUCCAACUCGAUUGCAAUCGACUUGACUGCGUGUGAGUAUUGCGGGUUUGAUUUUGGUGGGGAUCAAGUGGUGGGGGAGGUGGGGGGGGACGUCAGCAAGUUGCCACCCCCCAACACCGACGUCUCGGAAUUCACCAACGACAAACCCGUUCGAGGAGGGAUGCUAUCGGGCGUGAAUUGGCAAGUGGCGAAACCGACUGCACAUUCCUCGAAACGCACCAGCGGACCGCCCCGACAGCACUUUGGCUCGUCGGCACCUCGUCGCCCGCCGCCACAGGUCGACUUUCGCGGCAGCGGCACGGCUCCCAGCGACUGGAAGUGCCUGAUCGUGGUGGAUGCGGCCAACGUCGCGAUGCGGCACGGCCUCAACACCAAGUUUUCGUGUCGUGGCAUUCGGCUUGUGUUUGACUAUUACAUUGCGCGCGGCCACAAAGCGAUUGCGUUUCUGCCCGACUACUUACUCCAAUAUGAAUCUGUUGGCGCCCAAAAGCGCAUGGCGAACGUCGGCUUUGACGUGAGCCCGACCAAACUGCCCGACGACGUGACGCUGCUGCAAGCGAUGAAGCAGGAAGGGCUUGUGAUCGCGACGCCGCCGCAGGACUACGACGAUUCGUACUGCAUUCAAUACGCAGGCACCCACGACGGCUGCCUCGUCACCAACGACCUGUUUCGUGACCAUUUGGACAAUAUCAAGCCAAGCCACAAACGAGGCGCCAUGCGCGACUGGCUCAAAGCCCACCGCAUUUCGUUCACGUGGGUCGGAGACGAGUUUCUUCCCAAUCCAGACUUUCGCUUUCCUGCCAAACAACCAAUCCCGGACAGCGACGACAACGAUCUCUUGACCAAGGACAAGGGCACGAUGUGAAGCCACGGCGCGGCUGUCGUCACCACAUGAUUUGGUUGCGGAACGAUCGCCAAGCCUAUUGUGCAUCUUCUCUUCACAAGAGUGCGAUGCAUGUAUAUCAUCAUCUGUCGUUCAAUUCAGAGAUGGAUGGAUGGAUGGCCAGCGUCUACCGUUCGAACCAAUGUCUGCCAACAACUGGAUGAGAUAAACAACACUUAUCGACCAACAAGGCAAGUUGCGAAUGAAGAGAUGGAAGAAUACAUGCAUGGAAACUCUGUCGCAGAAAUAUACUACUAUAUUACAUAUAUACAUGUCGUCUACUCGUCGAGGC